UGUUAAUAUGUGCAAUAAUGUUAAUGUUAUCCAGGACUGGACAAAUGACAUCAAGAACAAGGACAGCGCGCUAAAUGAGCUCAAAGAGGAAUCGGCUGAGUUGGCAACGGAUCUGCCACCCGUGCGAAAGCCAUGCAAAAUAGAAAUUGACAAGGAGGAGAGUGAGACCCAAAAUGCUGGACAAGUGCCUAAGCCGAACGCAAAGCCGCAGUUGAAAUCAACAAAUGAAGAGCGCAUCAAAUCUACCGAUUACAGUAAAUGGGACAAGUACGAUCCAGAUGAGGAAAUCUUGCGCAUGGAUUUGGAAGAGGAACGUUCAAAAGAGCAAGCAAAAAUAAAGUUACGCAAAACCGAGACAACAACAACAAAAGAGGAGCACAUUAAAAUUUGUGAAAAGGGCGCCGAGGAGCAGCGUCUGCAGGCUCAGCUCAAGAAACUAAGUCAAAUCGAGCGCGAGCAAUAUGCCGAGAAAUAUCGUCUGCGGGGCAACGAGUACUUUAAGGCCAAGGAGUAUGACAAUGCCAUUGAGGAGUAUACACUAGCUAUAGUUUACGAUCCGGCACAAGCUGCACGCGCCUACAACAAUCGCGCCGUAUCCUACUUGAAGAAGAAAAACUAUUUGCCAGCUAUAGAUGAUUGCGAAGCCUGCCUCCGGCUCGAGCCCGACAAUGUGAAGGCACUUCUACGUUUGGCCGAUGCCAACUAUGGCCAGGGACGUCGUCGCGAGUCCUAUGGCUUCUAUCAACGUGUACUGGCUCUGGAGCCCAAUAAUAUAAGUGCUAAAAAGGCGCUGGACGAAUUGCGUCAACAGUUGGGCGAACUGGCUCCUGCACAUGCUACACGUAUGAUCAUUGAGGAGCUCCAAUCGGAGAAAGCCGCAGCUGACAAUAAGCCCAAGACACAGGCACAGCCAAAGCCACAGCCAAAGCAAGUGCAGUCGGAGAAGCCGCCCAAGGAUUAUGAUCUGGCCGAGCUGGUCAAGCCAAAUCGGGUCAUUAAAAGUAAAAUAGCUUGUGCUGCCGAAGCACUAGGAGGCACACUGAAAACCAGAAAUCCCGUUGCCAGCGCCCAAAAGCAACAGCUGCAGCAGAUGAUGCAAGAGGUGUCCACAGCGCAGGCGGAGCUGCGUCUGCCGCAGAGUAACAAGAGUGGCAAUAACAACAACAAGCUCUUAAUACAGGAAAUACAAUGAGACAAUCAUAAACAUAUGACAUUUAUUGAUUUCAAUUUAAUAAUAAAUGCUGUAUAUAACGUCCAACAAUAGAAAAUGGGCGCUGCUCAAA